AAGCACACCCGAAGCCAUGACCUUGAGAAGGGAAGGGGAUGACGUCGCACCCACGGUGCCCGUCCGCGUUGAGAGGGGACGAGACAGAACGGAUGCUGUGCUCUGCUGAGUCGCUGGUGGGUCCAUACCUUUGGGGCGUCUAUGACCUGCUGGUGCUGCCACCAUCCUUUCCCUAUGGUGGCAUGGAGAACCCCUGCCUUACAUUUGCUACACCUUCCCUUCUGGCUGGAGACAAGUCCCUUGCCAAUGUGGUUGCCCAUGAGAUAGCCCACAGUUGGACAGGCAAUUUGGUCACUAACAAGACUUUCGAGCAUUUCUGGUUGAAUGAAGGCUUCACCGUAUUCUUGGAACGAAAGAUCAUUGGCCGCCUGUUUGGAAAUGAGAUGAGAGAGUUCCAAGCUUUGGACGGCAUUGAAGAUCUACGCUACACUAUUGAAACCCUCGGCGUAGACAAUCCACUAACGUGCCUGGUUCCCCGUCUUUCUGGUGUCCACCCUGAUGAGGCUUUCUCCAGUGUUCCUUAUGAAAAAGGACAUACUUUCUUGUACUACCUGGAGACACUGCUUGGAGGACCAGAAGUGUUUGACAAGUUCCUGCUGGCCUACAUUGAAAAAUACAAAUACCAAUCUGUGGAUACGUGGCAGUGGAAGGCUUACCUGUAUGACUACUUCAAGGACAAGGCAGACAUUCUCAACAGAGUAGAGUGGGAGGCCUGGUUGCACUCUCCAGGGAUGCCACCUGUGAUACCAAGUUACAGCCGAGCACUAGUCAUACCGUGCGAGCAACUGUGUGCUAAAUGGGCCAAUCCAGGAACCGACUCCAAAAGCUUCUCACCUGAAGAUAUUUCCUCCCUUCAGCCUGGCCAAAGGAGCUUGUUUCUGUCACUCCUGCUGAAGGAAAGGCCACUGUCGGCUGACCAGAUUCAGUUGCUGACAAAAACGUACAAGAUGGAAGAAGCUGGCAAUGCAGAAAUCAAGUUCAGGUGGCUGCGCCUAGGGUUGCGGGCCAAGUGGGACCCAGUUGUGCCACAUGUCUGCCAAUUUCUGCAAACAUACGGACGAAUGAAGUUUGUCUGUCCACUCUUCAGAGACCUGCAUUCUUGGGAGGAGAAGCGGCAGCUGACCAAAAAGCUUUUCACUGAGCUGAAACCUCAAAUGAUGCAUGUUGUCACGCUCAGGCUAAGCAAGGACCUUGGCUUGUCAUGAUGAAGCUGUCUGUAAUUUGUUUUGUGGAGGUGUGCCUUCUACUCUAUGUUUGGAUUAUAAAAUGCGACUCCCAGCAAACAUGAAGAAAGGGUUAGCCGAGGGGCCCGAUUUUUAUUAAUCAUAACUUAAGCCAACAAACAGUGACACUAAGGACAAUGCAGGGGAAAUCACUUACUAAUUGAAUUGAAGAAAUUAUAAAUUUAUAGAAAUGGAAGUGGAUGAAAACACUACUUGCCGCAGGUGGGAAACGAUCCCACAUCUUCGCAUUACGCAUGCGAUGCUCUACCAAUUGAGCUACCGCGGCACCAUUUUCCCAUUCCCAUCCACUUUCUUGUGUAUUAGUAAGUGCAAGUAAUUUCCCCCAUGUUGUCCUUGGUGUCAUUGUUUGUUGGCUUUUUAUGAUAUAAUUAAUAAAAAUCGGGCCCCUCGGUAAACCCCCUUUCUUCUUGUUUAUUAUAUAACCAGGGUCUCGAAUCCGGCAGCAUUGAUGCCUUCAGGUAGCAUGUGUUGGUUUGUUGACCAGUUGCGUUCACUCAAAAAGAUCACAUAAUUGUGACGGCUGCGGCAGAAAGGGUGUUCUACAUCUGCCUCCAAGUUUUGGGAGUGGUGGCGCUGGCCAACACUUCCAGGGUUAGUUCUAGUAGUAAAACAUAAAUACCCAAGAAAGUGGAUGGACAAACGCUGUCUCAGUAGCUCAGUUCGUAGAGCAUUGCAUGUGUAAUGCGAAGACAUGGGAUCUUCCCCACAACACAACGCCAUACUAAAACGCCGCAGAUUGAACAGACGACAAUACCCACCUCCACACAAGACCCUCUCACGUGAAGACGCUGUAACAUGGCGACAAUUACAAACCAAUACAUACCCCCAUUUAAGCAGACUACAUGCAAUACACCCUACACUAUACUCAUACAAAUGUCCCCUUUGUAACAACUACGCCUCCCUCUAUCACACCACAUGGCCGUGCCCCAACGUGAAGGCAGCCCCGCAAAUACCCAACCCCACAUCCGAGCAGUGGGACACUGUGCUGACUAGUUCAGACCCUCGUAACCAGCAGCAACUGGUGCAGCGGGCCCGGGAAACAGCAAGAGCCGCAGGAGCCCUGGACUAAGGGCGCCCCCCGCACAAGCAGAAAGACACCUGCUUGUCCUUUCUUUGUUUUUAAUAAAUGUUUUUCCUCCUCCUCCUUC